CACUGAUGGGAGACACCAGACAAAUCUCCAGUAACCAGCUCGAAGCCAUCCGCUUAACACCGCAUUCGAGUUGAGCUCUUCACAUUGAUCGCGACGUAUUCUCAACGAGAGAUAUAAACUCGCGAUCACAAUACAAACUCGUUUAUUUAACCGGGCCUUAAAAGAGACUUCAACAGUAGAUAACAACAGAAACCCUUUUAUUUAUAAAUAAGAUUUAUAAUAAGAAAUAUUGAUAGCUUUUAGGGUUAUACUACUAAAAAUAUUGUGAUUAAAAGGACAGUGACUAGCUAGUGUUAUAAAAAAUGGACUCGUUACUUCAGUACAGCAGUCUUACGGAAAGGCUUAGCUCGCAGUUACCAGAGCUAGCCUUUCCAGACGAUAAUAACAAUAACGAUGAUUUCGAAAGUAGUGUUCCUGCGAAAGAAGAUAAGUACUCUCUUCGGCCGAGAUCAAUGCGAAGAAUGACAGAAUCUGCUAAAGAAUCUCUCGGAGAAAUCACGCACCGGCAAAGUAAACCCCACAAGCCGAAACAGAAAGCAGCACCUUUGAGUAAAUAUAGACGAAAAACUGCAAAUGCCAGGGAGAGGAAUAGAAUGAGGGAGAUCAAUACAGCUUUCGAAACGUUGAGAAGAAUCAUCCCCCAUAUGCAAGCUACUCAUAUGCCGGGAACUAACGAGAAGCUAACAAAAAUCACCACCUUGAGGCUAGCUAUGAAAUACAUUUCGACACUGAGUGCUGCUUUGAAUGGAUCAACGGAAUUGGAGUCACUUUCAGACUAUAGUGAUUUCGAUUGUCUCUUCUUGGAGUCAGAUGGAGAAUCAAUAUCAGAUCAUUCAGGAUCGUUGCUUACGUCUCCAGAUUUUCCAGAACCUUCUUUAUCACCUGUAGAUUUUAGCGAUCCUUCUUUACCUGCGCUUCUGCAUACAGACUUUACCGAGCAUUCACUGGAGCAUGGCGAUUUUAGUGAUUUUUUGUUAACGUAACCCCAAGUGAGUCCUAUUAUUUCUAUUGUAUAGAUAGGUAAGAUUGAUUUUAUCACUUCCUUAUUUUUAACAAAGUUUUAAACGAAUUUCUAGACCAAUUGAUAAUAUAAGAUAUUAAAAAUAUUUCUUAAAAUCAAUUUUUUUAUUUUAAUGUUACUGGAAAGUUUAUGAAAGUAUUUCAAUACGUUAUUUAUUUGAGGACGUAAUUAACUACAGAAAAAACUUAAUUUGCAAUUUAAGUAUGAAAACUUGAAAAUUCUGUUCUGCAAACGGAAAGCGAUUUCUAAUAAUAAUUUGAUGCAAAGUUAAACUAUUAAAUGUAAUAUCAAUUAGAGGGAUCUUUUUAAAUAAUAUCUAAAAUGGUAUGCAGCUCAUUGAAAUAAGAUUUCACUCGGAAUUGCGAAUACAGGUAACUGAUUUUUUUAGUUAUUAUAUUAUAUAUUACCUAUAAAAAGAAAGCCUUCAGAACAUAUUUCAGUGUAUUUUUUGAGGUAUUAACAAUUUAGUGUAAAAAUGCCAUUUUUUCGAUUAUUUGCCUAUUAUUCCAAAGCUUAACAUUUUUGAGGUAAAAUUACAAAACUUUAUUUUUUAAACAUAAAAACGGUUUAAAAUGACGAUGUCUCAAAGUUGUAAAAUUAAUUUGUUGCUUCGAAAAGUACAAAAUAAGGCAAAAUCUUUAAUUCUCCUAUAACUGUCGUAAAAAGCAACCUAGAUAUUUGUUACUGUUACCCCAAGGCUGGGUAGAUAUUGUCUUCCCUAACAAUGCCUCAAAAUUUUAUAUCAAUCCAAUAAUUUUAUAGGUUGUAAGUCAUCUACUAAUUACAUCUACGGUACAAAUUACACAAAGAAAAAAAAUUGAUACCUACAUCUAGGGCUGUAAUAUCAUUUUCAAACAAUUUUUUAACUACACAUUGCUAUGGUCCAAGUCUGGCCAAUUUUUUCUUUGUUUGAGAAGAAACACAUAAGUAACCUAUAAAAUCAGACUAUUGAAUCUGCUCACAAUUUUCCAGAAUAGCUUUUUUAUUUUUUGAGAACGAUUUCCGAAGUGGAAAACGAAACGUCAAUAUUAGGCUCAACAUAACUGUAACUUAAUUCCAUAAAAACGUAAUAAUUCUUAUUACUUUUCUAUGAUCUGUAGUGAUAAAACCUUUUCUAACUCCUGCCUGUUCCUGGGCUGAGAGCUAUCCAGUUUGUUUAUUAGUCGUUAAGUAAUUAUUAUCUUCAGAAACAUCCUAUACCAAGACUGAUAAAAGUUUAAUGUGUUUAUAUACUAGAAUCACAAUAAUGCACUAGAGAUAAACAAACAAGGGGACGUUAAAGAUCACUGCGGAAUCAUGAUUUACAAUGUAUACAUUUUUUAACUCCUUAUUUGGGAUAUAAAAUAUAUAUUAUGCAAUGUAAGCCACGAUUCAGUAGUGCUCCUAGUAACAUUCAACGUCUCUUGGCUUGUUUAUUUCUAGUGCAUCUCUAUUGUGAUUUUAGUAUAGUUUUCUAAUUUAUAUUUAUUUGUACCUACUAUUGGUACUGUAAUGAUCACUUAUAAAUACUGACCUAUACUGUAUUCGGUUUUAAUUAACUACCUACCUGGUUUUUAAUAUAAAUCGAGUAUCAAAUGAAAAUAUUCAAAAAAAUACAAGAACAAGAACGAGUUAAGCAAAAUAGCUAAAAACCUUUUGAUAUAUUAAACGGGAAUAUCCUCUUUUAGCUUAAAAAUAUAUGAUUGGCGUAAGUAGAUAGGUUUUUGGACUUUUGUUCCUCAACUGUCUAACCUAAAUAAUGAAUAUCUUGAAAUUUUCCAAUUUUUCUAAUUUAUUAUCAUUUAAUGGUUGGUUUGCGUAAGGCCCCUAUUCCAAAUAAAAUGUUCUUCAAAGGAAAAGAAAAAUCGACUUCCUGAGAACUCUUUUCUUUGUCAUCUAAUUUAAAUUUAAAAUAGAUGACGUCUAUUAUUGAUAAGUUAAAUCUAGUCUGUAAUUUUUUUAAUGAUACCCAACUUUUUAUUUAUUUAUUUUUAUUCAUUUUUGUCUUGUUGUUUAUUUGUUUUAAGUAAAGUAAAUGCAAAUUUUUUAUCAACUAUUGUUCGUUAAAGGACUAUCCACAAUAAAAGCCAUAAAAUACAGUUUUUUCCUUCUUUGUGAUGACUGCGGGAACUGAACCCAUUUACUAAAAGAAAUCAAUUUCAGAAACAUAAAUUUUUAUUUAGAGAUAAUAGAAAAAACAACUCUGAAUAACUCAGGGAAUUUUUCCCAUUUGGUAGAUGUUUUUUCAGGAAGUCAUUUUAUCCUCUUUUUUUCUGUAUCUUUAUCACCUUUUUUUUUUCUCAUUGGUUCAUGUUGUGUGUUAUAUUUUUAUAAAUUCUGGUUAUCAUUUCUUUUUUUAUUUAUACUUUCCAUAUUUAUCCUUUUGCUAUUACGUUUCCUUUUUUUAUUUCUUUUCUUUCUGUUAUUCUGAAGCUAUUUUCUUGUGGCAUUUUUAUAAUUACUAGUUUUGAUGGGAAAUAAGUCAAAUUUAAAUGAUUUUAUUAACGUUUCGACGUCAAAAUCGGAUGCCGUUCUCAAAAUACAAAAAAAUAUUAAUGAAUUGAACAAAAAUGUUGAUGCUUAGUAAAAAAUUCGGCAAGUGAACUAGAACUUGUAAACAAGGAAAAACCAAAUAUUUGAUAAAACCCUCAAAAUGUUCAAUAGAGAAUUAAAAUUAACAACUACAGAUUUGAACAAGUCAAAGGAAUCACAUAUCUGGAAUCGAUAGUCAACACAACAAAUACGACAAGCAACGAAGUAGAAGUAUAAAAGUCGCAUAACCGCAAGGAACAGUACUCUCCAUUGUCUUCAGAAAGAUCUGAAAAAUACACAUCUGCACAACACAGACGAACAAAAAACGUUCAGUAAAGCUUAACAUUUACAAGACCUUCAUAAAUCGAUUGGGAUAUAUAGUGCUGAAAUACGGACUUAAUCCCAAAACGACGAGAGACUGUAAAAUUUUGGGACUGUCAAUAAAAAUGAGCUAUGACGCCGAUGGUAAAGCUUUGUAUUAUACCAGGCAAACACAGAUCCAGAUAUUGUAAAAUCAAAUAAAAUAAAGAGGCUUGGACACAUUGCUAGGAUAUAAGAUAAUGAGUACACAAAGAAAUUCACAUUCACAAACCCAAAGGUCAGAAAAAGUAGAGAAAAAACGCGUAGAAUAUGAAUUGAUGAUGUAGAAGAAGACCUUAAUAUUCUAAGGGUAAGAUGAAAUGAAUAUUCUAGGAAUCAACGGCGACUGGCGACUCUUCUGCGAGCAAGCCAAUAUCCAGAAGAAAUUACAGAUACUAUUCUGAUGAUGAUGAUUCACAUCAAAAAUACUUGGUUGGCACCUUCGCCAAAAACCAUGUUUUUAUAAUUACCUUCGAUAUAAAGUUCUUGUAAAUUUUCCAGUUGAUAAGGGCUUCAGUUCUUAAGAUUCAUAGUAUUAUUGUUGCAAAGCUACAUUCUGGGUAGUGAUCACUGAGAAAUGUUCGAGAAAACCCAUAAUUCCGCGGGUUCGAACUACUUAAGCUCCAAGAGUACUUUUCAUAGUCGGCAGGUUGUACUCACCGUUUUUAUUGUCCCUUUUAGCCUGGAAUGUUAUCCCUAGUAUGAUAAACUAAAUUUAUUUUCCAAUUUCGGCAUUCUCUAACCCUCGUAAGUUACUUACGUCUUAAAUCCUCAAAAUUAUUCAAUUACUACAGUAAGAUUUCAAAAAUAAAACUUGUUAUUAUAUCCCUUACCCUUUCUUCACAUAUCUAUUUGUUUUUUUGGUGUUUUCUUUAGUUUUUUGUUUCUUUUAUAUAACCAUUUAUACUUGUUCUUUUUUCCUCAUUUUCUCUAUCACCCUAUGUGCAGUCACUCGAGCGCUUUGGGGAACUAUUGGGUUGUGAAGAGUAGGUCCUAAAACCAAAAAAAGUUAAGUAAAGUUUUCCAUUUUAGUGGAGACUUGUCCAUUUUUAGUUUAAUUUUCCAUUUCAAAUAAUCGUUUUUUAGAUUAUAGCGCCAUCUAUCCAUAAUUCUAAAAAAAUCUCAAAUAAAAUUACUUACUUUUACGUAGGGAAUCCAAAUCUGCAAUAAAAAAUGGGGGCUCUCAUUAAAGAUUUUAAAGUACCUCCCCACCCCACCUCUGUGGGUUUCGUGUUUGGUGCCAUUCGAUAGAUUUCUCAAAAAUAUUCGAAAACGUGUUUUUUAAAAUUUUUCGAUCUAAUGUUCAUUUCUCGAAAUAUCGCGGGAUUCGUAUUUAAAAUAUUAAAUUUACCCCCACCCCUCUCCGUAAGAAGUCGUGUUUGGUAUCAUUCCAUAGAUUUUUGAAAAAUAUUGACUAGGUAUUUUUUAGUUUUUUGAUCUGUCAUUCAUUUCGCGAAAUAUUGGUUUUUUCCUUGUGAAAAUUUGGUACUCACCCAUUUCCUUCCGCCGCACUCAAAUGGUCAGAUUUUUUAAAUAUACACUGUUUUGCAUGUUCUUAACUUACUUUAUCGUUAUACAGUUUUAAGUUAUACACUGUUUUGCAUGUUCUUAACUUACUUUAUCGUAAUCUGACAAUUUUGAGUUUUUCUAAGGGUAGAUUUUUUUUCGGCCUCCCUUAACGAACUCCCCUGCAUUAAGAGCCAAUAUAUGGUAGAGGUACAUUUUCAGCGUACAAGGUUUCUCCCCAUGUAAUAAUCUGACGCGCUCGAGUAACUGCAAAAAUCCCCGCUUGGGCUCCUCUACCAUUAUAUCAUUAAGGGUAAACUGGGAUUUUGCUAAAAUAUUACUAUUUAGCAGGACCGAUUCGCAUGUACCGCAACUUGGUGCUAGAAAUGUUAGUUGCUUACCACUUAAUGGAUUACUUUUCAUCGACGAUUCGUAAUGCUCAGCAUUAGCAAAACAAAUUUAAGUCUAAUAAUAAAUACAUUUAAUUAUAGAAUUUUAAACAGAAAUAUUGUUAGAAAUCGCUUUUUUAUCUUUUAAUUUUUAAAAGUAAAAUGAUAGUGUACAGUGUACAUGAUAAAUCAAUGGAAUAAUAAUUAAUGAUCUAUUUUUGGUUCUAGUGUUGUAUACUAUGUACCAAAAAUAUUUUGAAAAAACCGUCUUAGUUAAUAAAAUAUUGUAAAUUUAAUAAUUACUUAAAUAUGCGUAAUACAAACGAAGCGAUAUAGAAUGUGAUGUAGGAUAUAAUUAUAAAUACUCUUUAUUUAAGGAAGUGACAAAAUUAACAUUUCUUCGAUAAAUCUCGAUGUAAAUAAGAUUUCUUUAUUUAGAGAACACAUAACUAUAAAAGUUAUUAUUUAAAAGAUAAAUAAUACAGGUUGUUGUAGGUGUUGAUCCAAUCUCGUAGCAUAAAAAAAGUUUGUGUCAUAGAUAUUUAUAAAAAAAUUUGAUUCACUGUUAAUUUCUGAAAUAAUAUUAGAAUUCUGUAAACUUAAGAGUAGUUAUUUUGAACGGAAGUUAUAUUUAAUCAUACAUAGCGAAUUCUAAAAAAAUAUUAAUAACUUCACUUGUAUUUGUUGACUUCUGAUAAUCGUAGAAUAGUAGUUAUAAACGGAAGAGAUUUGUAAGCCCACACGUUCAGGUGUUAAAUGAAUCAUAAUCAAUUCAAAACAUAAACGCAAGGUCGCUUAAGUUUUCUUACUGUAUAUAGUCACAUUUUUAAGGUACUCAUUUACAUAUUUAACCAUUUUCUAUGAAUUAAUGCAAUACUUCUGUUUCAAUAUCUGUCAUUAUAAAAUAAUUGUUGUUGUAACGGGCUCUUUGAACCCAAAAGUGAAUAUAUUACCUAUAAUAUUUAGACAAACUCAUACAUAAGUAAAAACUUCAAGUUGUAUACUGGUAUAAAAUGGUUUAUUAAAAAACUUCAUAAAAAGCCGUGCAAAACGUUUGCGUUCUAAUGCAGAACAUCUUCAGUGCCUAGAAUGAAGUAUUUGCAAGUUAGUUGAAGGCAAAAAAGUUAAAAUUGUGACUGUUAAUUAGAAAAAACAUGUGGAGAAUACUUAUAUUCUGCUGAGUAAUUGAUACUAGCACUGCUAUACUACAUGUAGUAUAUAUCUCUUUUUAUUAUAAUAAAUUAAAAUGUCAUCCUAUCAUUUUACAACCAAUGACGUCGCACUUUUAACCAUGGAUUAUACCAACCUUAAAUCCUACAAUCCAAAAGUUUUUUCUGGAAUGGAGAGUUGCUAAUUUAGACUUUAAAAUAGAUUCUAAUUUUGUAUACAAAUUUAAUUACAUUUUCAAACAGUUUUUAACAAUCAAUACAUUUUAAUCAAAAUCCGAACUUGAAUCUACACUUUUUGAAGUUCUUAACCAAAAAUUGACUUUGUCUUAUCUUGUCAUGUCAUAUUGAAAGUACAUUUCCUAUUUUAUCAGUUGGUUUGUGCCCAUUGAACUGGCAAAUACCUAGUUUUUCGAGCAGGGAAGCAUGUUGCCUUUUAAGCAUGUACUAUUUUAAUCUUUUAACAUCGACUGGUAUUCACCAUAUUUUAUUUAAAUAUAUCAUGUAAACCAUAUAUUAUACUGUUACCGCUCUUACUGGUGUGCUAGUUUCAACUACUCAGCAGAAUGUAAUUAUUCUCCACAUGUUUUUUCUAAUUAACAGUCAAAAUUUUAACUUUUUUGCCUUCAACUAACGUGGAAAUACUUCAUUCUAGGCACUGAAGAUGUUUUAGAACGAAAACGUUUUGCACGACUUUUUAUGAAGUUUUUUAAUAAACCAAUAGUUAAACCAAUAGAAUACCAGUAUACAACUUGAAGUUUUUACUUCUGUAUGAGUUUUUUUAAACUAAGGUAUACAUCCAACUAUUGGAAUUUUUCCAUUGAUUUUAUAAUAUUUAGGUUUGAAAUUGAUUCUGCUUUAUUUUUAAAAAGGUCUGUAGAACUAUGUUUUUCAUCCCACUAUUGUUUUUUUUUGCUUCUGCAAUAUAAGUAUUCCAUUUUUUUUUUAUUUUGACUGGCCGGUGUAACGUUAAAUUUUUACUCCGUUAAAUUUUUAUUUUAGACGUAUAACGUUAAAGCGUACUCUAUUUUUAACGUUAAUUUUAACGUUGUUCUGAAGCUAUUUUCUUGUGGCAUUUUUACAAUUUUAACUAUUUAGAAUGGGAAAUAAGCCACAAUAUUAUUAAAAAAUGAUUUUUA